CAAAGUAAACAGUGAUGUGCGGUCGCUUACUAUGUUAAAUAUAUUAUAUGUUUAUAAAAAGUGAAUGUGAAGUGAAAUGUGAGAAAAUUUUUACACCGGAGGUUGUUAAGAACAGCGUGUUGAACAAAUUGCUGGAGUUUCUACACCAUAAGAAAUAUUGUAUGUCAUCGCUUUUACUUUUCCAAAAAAGGGAGAACCGGAAAUUCAAAAAAAUAUUAAUAAGCAACCGAUUAUGAAAUAUGAACAAACCUUUAAACUUAAAAUUACUGUGAUUGAUAUGAGAAAUGGAUAAACAUCUAAUCUAAAUCGAGAAGAGAAAACUUGAUGUGAAUUUAAACAAUGAACUAACGAUGUUUAGAACAACGAACUGUUACGCAAUACGAUUUGCACUCACACCAAAUGAAGAUUAGCGAGCAAAAACAAUGCCCAUUUAUAGAUAUGCAAUUGAAAGUAAAAAUUUAUUGAGCGUUAAGAAUUUGCGGAUGAUUGGAAUGAGUAUAUGAAAGGUCAUCUAGGCUUUUUGAAAGGAAAUGAAGAAAAUGCAGUGAACAAUAAACCAGCGGAUGGCGGGUAUUGCGCAGUGUCAACAAUGACGCGACGAAAAAGUGAUUUUAAAAGAACUUUAGUUUUAGUUGUAUUUGUGUGUCCGUUUGUGUUUUCGCGACCUCAAGAAUCGUUAACCACUUCGAUUAGUUAUGCUGAGACGACAGAGUCACCGUUAAGGGUAACUCCGGUUGUAGCAGAUGUACAAAAUGCAUAUUCCCCAACGAUUGGAGUUCCAAUUGCUGCAUUAGAAAGUACACCAAGAGAAGUGAAAAAUAAGUCUCCAGCCAUAAAGGAUUCUAUUAAAAAAGUUGCAGAUCAAUUACUAGAACCGGCUGUUAAUAAUUCAUUAGAUACGCCACUCGUACCUGAUACGAGAAUACCCCCUAAAAUAAAAACUCAAGUCGUACAAAAAAAUAAAAUUCGUACAAGAAAUGAAGACGGAGAUGAGAUUAAUGAUUAUUCACACGCUGGAGUUGCUGUUCCUGUAUCAAUGGAAGAGUUGGAAUUAGAAAAUAGAGUUAGCCCUCCUCAUGCUGAAUCAUCCACAACCAAUGAAGGAAUAUCAACUUGGAUUUUGUUAAAUAACCCAGUUAAUAAAGAAAAUUCCACAUUAGCUACCGAACCAACUAAAAUUGAUGAAAACAAGAAAUCUAAGCCUACGAAAAAUAAACCUAAAAGACCUCAAAAUAAACCAUCGGUGCCUAAAAGACCAAUUAUAGGUAGCACAAAUAAAUCAGACUUGGUGGCCAGCGGUUCUGCAAUUAAUGAAAAUGUCUAUAAUAAAAUUAAAGAUACAGUUCUAACGAAUGUUCAGAAAAACAAGAAUUCGCCACCUCGUGUAGCCUCUACCACUACAACAACUACGAUAUCAACUACUGAAUCACAAAUUAAAGAAAUCACCAACAAAGAACAGGUUCCCAUUAUUCCUGUCGUAAAGGUUCCUUCAAAAGCAAAUAAAAAGAAGGAUAAACUAAAGCAUAAACCUAGUACUACAUUAGCUCCCGUAUCAACUCAGUCAGCUUUGCUACCAUUAGAAGCAAAAGAACAAGAAAUUGAGUUAGAAGUAAGUACACCACCUAGUACUACAAAGAAGCCCAAGCGAUCUACUAAGAAAAAGACCAAGACAAAGAAACGUAAAGUUUCAAAACCAAAACCAGCUCAAACAUCUUCAUCUACGGAAUUAAAAACGGCAAAUAAAACAAAAACUACAAAAACAUCUAAAAAACCUACAAAGGCCACUGGGCCAUUCACAAGUCAAAUUUACAACUACUUUUCUAGAGAGGUCAUGCCUUCUGUUGGAGUAGGCGUAAUUGGUUUAGCUGGCUUAGUAGGUAUUGCGAGUUAUUUCUUAUAUCCCUUUGCCACUCCCGUAAGGAGAACUUUCGAAGUUGACAAAAAAGACGACAUUUAUAAAAAUAAUGCCGAAGAAUAUGCAAAUGAAGGCAAUGGUCAACCUGAAGAAGAAAUGUUGGGAACAGUGCUGGCAGGUAUGCCCGCACAUGCCAAACAGAAAUUAAACCCUUACGCGGCACAGACUAAUUAUAACGCCCGUUAUCCGGCAAAAAAGGAACAACAAGAUAUCAGGUAUAGGCAUGUAACCAAGUACGAUCCUAAUUACGGCGUGCAUUACCCACAACAAAAAACUGGUAUUGCUCAUGGUGCUGUUUAUUCUGAGCCUUUAAAUUACCAUCGUCGUCCUCAGUAUGAAACAAGGCAUGCAUAUACUACAUCUUAUCCAGCUGUUGAACCUAUAUUUGCCGCUCCUCAAACUGGACCGUCAGAUGCAACUUCUUAUGGCGGUGAGUCAUCGGGUUCGGUUGUUUAUGGAGUGAAACCAUCAGCGGACACAGAUUUUAAACCUGUGUAUCCGUAUGAUCCUCAGUUUUACGGAGAAACAACAACUAGUCCUGUUACAUAUUCUCAGACAUCUAUGUACCUUGGUUCUAAUAAUGAAUCAGAACAAUCGGAAGAAAAUAAAUAUAAUGAAGAUUCAAAUAGUGAUAACGAAAGUGCAGAAAACAAAUUCGUUGUUGGCAAUGUUCCAAAAGAAUUAAGCGACUCUGAUACACCUGCAGUUGUUCCAGAACAUGGACCCAGAAAACUAGAUAGGAAACGUAGAAGCUUACGUUUGAAAAGAGGUGUCGCUAUUGAAGAAAUUUUAGAAGCUGCAAAUAAAAAGGAAAAGGAAGUUUUUUUAAGUAAUGAAAUAGAUGAGGCUCUUGGAUAUGUACCUCAUAUUCCACAAACAAUUGAAAAUGCCAAAAUGGAGGAAUUAGUUGAAAGCGUUUCAACUAUACCUAUUGAGGACUCAAAAGACAAAACAACAGACAUGUCAAAUGAUAUAGAAAUUACAACGAAGUCAUUUAGAAUUUAUGAAAUUUUACCAUCUUCAAGCUCUCAAGCUGAUAUGAAAAAAAACAGUGAUAUUACAAAUACAGAGAAAAAUUUACAAGCAGAUACAACAACGGAGAUAAAACUGGAAAGUACUUCAACCAUGUCUACUGUAACUAAAACAACUAAACAGCCAACAGACUAUCCAGAAAUCCUAACAUAUCCACCGGCAUCGACUAGUAAUGGAUUUUUUGGCUUCUUACAACGAUUGGUUGAGUUUAAGUACAGAUUAGGUCUAAGUAUACUACAAAAUACUUCAAAAUCUCUAAAUAAUUACUUAAGAAGUAUGGAGGAAUCAAUACAGAGGGCGGCAUCUGAUGCAUCUCAUUAGGAUUAGUAGAUUUAUAUUUCUAGAAUUGCAUUUAUUUUAGAUUACAUAAUAUGAUUUGAGAUUUUUAUUGAGACUGUUUAAUUUACAGCAAUUUUAAACAUUACAAUUAUCAAAAAUUUACAGAUUUGUGACGCUUUACUUGCUGAACUUAUUUUACAAUACAUUAUUUGAUUUAAAGUAUUAUUCUACUAUCAAAAACUCUUUAGACUGUUAAAUAGGAGGCUAAUUAGAAGCUCAGGGUUGUUAAUUAUAAAUAAAAUAUUUUAUUAAUACUUAAGUUAUUAAUUAUAUAACUUCAGAAUGUUGUCCUCGAUUUUCUAAUAUUUGAGGUAGACCUGCUGAAUUUAUAUAUGGUAGUAGGCAAGUUUUUCUACUAUCUUUAAAUUUAAGUUUUUAAUGAAGCUAGACUGUUUAUAUAAUAUAAUGUGAUGUAUUUUAUAUGUAUAAAACUUAAAAAACAAUCGUUCUUACACAUCGAUUAUUGUAUAUUAAUCAGUUUUUGUGUACAUGAGUAAUUAUGAUCAUAACAAAUAAAUUUUUAUGAUGUUA